UGUCCUUUUCAAAACGAAAGUAGAGGAAGGGAACAACUUCAUUAGGAACAUUCCUAAUUCUUUCUUUUUGUUUUUAUUUUUUGCCAUCCUUCGCAGUCUUUCAGCCACCGACAAAAGAGGUUUUCCCUGUGGACCAUUCAUAUCAUUAAUAUAUUCUCAUGUCGUCCAUGUUGCGCCGACAGGUCUUCAGGGCCGCUGCCUGCACCUUAUCCACUACCGCACGCUCACAGAUUCAAGCCAUUCCUGCUCGUCUUGUUAUUGCUACUCGAUCAUACACCUCUGCGACUGGUGUGGCAGCAGCAGCAGCGGAAGCGCCUCUCAAGUCUAAUGUUUCGACUACAUCUUCAGCUGUUGUGAAUUCAACCAAGGAUCUUAUCAUCAAUGGAAAGCGUAUCGUUGCAGGAGUUGUUGUCUCCCGUCAACCAUUGAUCCUCCGUGAUCUCACGCCUUUUGAGAAAGAGUACUUCACCUAUCAAAAGAGUCUUGAACGAGACAAUGCUGCUCCUUUUGCUGCCGAGUUUUACUUCAAGAAGGGAUCAGUUGCAGAGCGUCGCUGGAAACAACAGGAGGCUGAGGGAGCAGCUGGAUCAAAUGCCUCAUCUUCAUCAUCGGAAGCAUCAAGUACAUCAGCAACAGCACAAUCAGAAACAGUAGAUAUCUCAGAGGAAGAUCGUGUAGCAGCAAUUGAAACCAAAGUCCAGUUUAAUGACCGUGUCACAGAGGCGGAUCGUAAAAACGACAUCAGAUCAUUGGAGCGUGCUUUACAGAGAACCUUGUAUUUGAUCGUCAAGAAACCUAGAGACUUACAUUCUUGGCAAUUCCCUCAAGGAGGCGUCCAUGUCUGCGAGAAUUUGCAGGAGGCUGCUAACCGUGAGCUGCAGGAAGAGUGCGGAGGAAAUAUGGAUCUGUGGUUUGUUGGUCGUGUUCCAAUUGGACAUUACGAAUAUUCACACCCUAAAGGCACUACAUCUGCAACCUCCAUUCCACUCAAAGGCACCAAGGUUUUCUUCAUGAAGGCACACAUCUUUGCUGGACAGGUUCAGGUGGACAAUCAAGAGAUUGUCGAUUUCGCUUGGGUCACAAAGGAGGAGAUGAAGGAUUAUGUUUCAGCGGAGUACUAUCAGGCUGUUAAGGAUAUGCUAUCAGAUUUUUAAAGGCAUAAGGAUUUUUAUUAGGUCAUCAGGAGUGACAUUUCCUAUUUUUGGAUCCUGCACCCUGGAUACGGUCAUGCAUUAGGGAAACGUUAUAUAUUCUUCACUUUCUUCCAUUCAUCUCUCUUUUCGUCCUUUGAGCAAUUAUAGAAC